CACCAACCCCGGGCCAAGUCAAUAUGGAUGAAUCUCCAAGGUCCAGCAAAAGGAGAAGGCUAAGCGCAGAAGAGAAAUCUUUUGCGGGAGCAUCUCCGCUGAGACCACAUGGGAAAGCUAGAAAUGACGACCAAAUAAGGCCCGCUCCUGAAAACGUCGCUGAACUAGAACAGAUUACGAGGGCAAUACCAGAGUCAAACGGCCACAGCGAGUAUAAAGCGACUGAAUCUAGGUCUAACGAUGGAAACACUCAAAUCGACACCAUUAUUGUCACAUCGCAACUUGAAAAUGGCAACUCUGAGCCGGUGGAAACUACCCAAAUUUCCGAAAUAGCCCAUGCACUGAACGGGACCAGUCAAGCCCAGGACUCUCCAGCAAAACGCAAGCGCGGACGACCACGAAAGCAACUGCAAUCACAGACUUCGGCAGAAAAUACAAGCCAAAAAGGAACUCCCAAGAACCGCAAGGGUCAGACUGAUUCACGAAGUUCGCCUGUAAAUGCCAGCCCACGCCUCUCUUUGGAGCAGGGGAGCAAGGACGUUACGUCGUCGAAAUUUCCGGGACAAGAUGCCGAACUAGAGAAUGGAGAUGUCGAAGUUUCAACGCCGUCGAGGCGCCGAGAAAAGCGCAAGGCUGCUGUGGCUGCUGCACGAUCUUGGAACGAAUCCACCGAGAACCAUAGGAACAAUAGUGCUGAAGACCGAAUAUCUCCACAUCCCAGCGAAGACGAGUCUGGGGGGGUGCAUAACUACUCCGAGGAAAUGUCAAAGCUACCCGCAAAAAAGCUGGUCGGGAUUUUGACUCCUUCAAAGCGAAAGCACGGCACACCGAAGAAGAUUGUUACAUUCGGCAAUGUGAACCAAGGAGACGCAGGCUUGGAUUUGGGAUUUAAAGACAUCCCAAAGGAAACGAGGUCUACAGAGCAGCGACCUGUUGAUGAUGUAGCAAGUAAUGAUCGCCCAGCACCUUCUCCAGCGAACUUGGACCCAAGCACAAUUGGCACGCCGAAAAGAAAGCGUGGAAGACCACCGAAGCGAACGGGGGAGUCAAUGCUUCCUUAUGCAGAUGACCUGACGGUGAAUGGAGUGGAUUUAAGGGGCUAUGACGGAAUGGACCUUGAUGUUGAUGCAGAAAACAGCAGACUUGAGACUACCAGGUCCCUGUUUGAAGGCAUAGAGGACCUCUCUGAGAAGCUUGAUGUUCUCCAAAAAGUCCUCAUGCAGAGGAUCACUGGAAGGGGCGGUAUGCGUGUGAUUGGGCAUGAAACAGAGUAUAGGAAAGUUCAUCAGCUGGUCAAGCAGACUGUCGUCGCUGGCGAGGGCAACUCCAUGCUUGUCAUAGGCGCAAGGGGUACUGGAAAAACAGUCCUUGUUGAGUCGGUGAUAUCAAGUCUGAAACGCGAGCAUGACGAAGAAUUUCAUGUUAUUCGUCUAGACGGAUUCUUCCAGACGGAUGACCGGCUGGCUCUCAGGGAGAUUUGGAGACAACUGGGUCGAGAAAUGGAUGAAGAAGAAGCAAUGACAAAGUCGAGUAACUACGCAGAUACUUUGUCUUCCUUUCUGGCGCUCUUAUCUCAUCCCUCUGAGCUGUCGGAGACGGAGGAAGCAGGCCAGACAUCCAAGUCCGUUGUUUUCAUCAUCAACGAAUUCGACCUCUUCGCCGCCCACCCGCGACAAACACUACUGUAUAACCUUUUCGACAUUGCACAAUCGAGAAAGGCGCCAAUUGCAGUGAUUGGUGCGACUACGCGCGUGGACAUCAUGGAGAGUUUGGAAAAGCGAGUCAAAAGUCGUUUUAGUCACCGUUACGUGCAUCUUUCUCCACCGCCAAACAUUCCAGCCUUUUGGGAAAUUUGCAGAUAUUUUCUAUCCAUUGAGCGGGACCAGUUGGAUGAGCUUGAGCAGAAUGAUCGAGCCAUACUUGAUUCGCCAGGCGGGUUGAAAUUGAUUGAAGCGUGGAAAAUGAUGAUGAAUGACUUGUAUACAAACGAUAUCCACUUCCGCGCACACCUACAUCGGAUAUUCUACCAAUCAAAAUCCAUACGAGCAUUUCUCAACAGCGCUCUCGUGCCAAUAUCCAGCAUCACCACCUCCUCGCUCCCGGUGCGCGGCGUUGCCUUUAUAGAGAAUGACCUCUUACCACCUGAUUCCAAACUGCAUCUCCUUCCCGGCCUGAGCGACCUCGCCUUGUCCAUGCUCAUCGCCGCGGCCCGCCUCGACGUCAUCCUCGACACGGACGUAUGCAACUUCAACAUGGCCUACGACCAGUACUGCAGUCUUGCAGCAAAGGCAAAAGUCCAGUCCUUUACUACAUCGUCUUACUCCUCUCUGGCAAUGUCACCGGGCGGCGGACUACGCACGGGAGCUGGGUCUGCUGCGUCCGACCAUGGAACCCCAUCGAGAGCCUCUCCCUACGGCACCCCAUCUAGGUCUGGCUAUGGAACACCGUCUACGUCCGCCCCGACAACUCCCUCGAGGUCCAAUACCAAUACUACUACAACUAUAUCAACCGCCGGAGGCACCACCGUCAAGCUCUGGCCCCGCCAUCUCGCCCUCGCGGCCUGGGAAACUCUGCUCGAUGUCGAACUCCUCGUCCCUGCUUCCGCCUCUGUAGGCGCCCUGGCUGCCGUCGCGGGCCGCGCGGGCCGUAUGGUCCGAGUCGAUGUCGCGCUUGAGGAAAUCGCGCCCAGUGUCCCCGGAUUGACGGGCUUGUUGGCCAAGUGGUGCCGAGAGAUUUAG